CGAUGAUUAGACUAUAACCAAAGUGGCACGCUGAAUUCGCCAUAAUCAAGGAAACUUUUUCCGGGUGGGGAACCUCAAAAAUUGCUCAGUGAGCAACCCUAAUUAACCUGAUUUUUUGCUGAUAAUCACUGUCAAUGGAAUCAAAUCACAAAUCCGGGGAUGGAUUGAGCGGCACCCAGAAGGAAGCAGCCCUCCGCGCACUGGUCCAGCGCACGGGAUAUAGCUUGGUACAGGAAAAUGGACAAAGAAAAUAUGGUGGUCCUCCACCAGGCUGGGAUACUGCACCCCCAGAAAGAGGCUGCGAGAUUUUUAUUGGAAAACUUCCCCGGGACCUUUUUGAGGAUGAACUCAUACCAUUGUGUGAAAAAAUUGGUAAAAUUUAUGAAAUGAGAAUGAUGAUGGAUUUUAAUGGCAACAACAGAGGCUUUGCAUUUGUAACAUUCUCAAAUAAGCAGGAAGCCAAGAAUGCAAUCAAGCAACUUAAUAAUUAUGAAAUUAGGAAUGGGCGUCUGCUAGGAGUCUGUGCCAGUGUGGACAACUGCCGAUUGUUUGUGGGAGGAAUCCCCAAAACCAAAAAGAGAGAAGAAAUCUUAUCAGAGAUGAAAAAGGUCACAGAAGGGGUCGUUGACGUCAUCGUCUACCCAAGCGCGGCAGAUAAAACCAAAAACCGGGGAUUUGCCUUUGUGGAAUAUGAGAGUCACCGCGCAGCCGCCAUGGCUAGGAGGAGGCUGCUGCCAGGAAGAAUUCAGUUAUGGGGACAUCCUAUUGCAGUAGACUGGGCAGAGCCAGAAGUCGAAGUUGAUGAAGACACGAUGUCUUCAGUGAAAAUCCUUUACGUAAGGAACCUCAUGCUGUCUACCUCAGAAGAGAUGAUUGAAAAAGAAUUCAACAGUAUUAAACCAGGCGCCGUGGAACGAGUGAAGAAGAUACGAGACUAUGCCUUUGUGCAUUUCAGUAACCGAGAAGAUGCAGUUGAAGCUAUGAAAACUUUAAAUGGCAAGGUGCUAGAUGGUUCACCAAUUGAAGUAACCUUGGCCAAGCCAGUGGACAAGGACAGUUAUGUUAGGUACACCCGGGGCACAGGUGCUAGGAACACCAUGAUGCAAGGAGAAUACACGUACCCUCUGGGCCAUAUUUAUGACCCCACCACAGCCUAUCUUGGAGCUCCUGUCUUCUAUACCCCCCAAGCCUAUGCAGCCAUUCCAAGUCUUCAUAUCCCAGCCACCAAAGGACAUCUCAGCAACAGAGCCCUCAUCCGGGCCCCUUCUGUCAGAGAAAUUUACAUGAAUGUCCCUGUAGGGGCUGCGGGAGUGAGAGGACUGGGCAGUCGUGGGUAUUUGGCAUACACAGGCCUGGGUCGUGGAUACCAGGUCAAAGGAGACAAGCGAGAAGACAAACUCUAUGACCUUCUACCUGGGAUGGAACUCACCCCGAUGAAUCCUGUCUCUUUAAAACCACAAGGAAUUAAACUUGCUCCUCAGAUACUGGAAGAAAUCUGUCAGAAAAAUAACUGGGGACAGCCAGUGUACCAGCUGCAUUCUGCCAUUGGACAAGACCAAAGACAGUUAUUCCUAUACAAAGUAACUAUCCCAGCGUUGGCCAGCCAGAAUCCUGCAAUACACGCUUUCACACCUCCGAAGCUAAGCGCCUAUGUGGAUGAAGCAAAGACAUAUGCGGCAGAGCACACUCUCCAGACCCUAGGCAUCCCCACAGAAGGAGGUGACACCGGGACCGCAGCUGCCGCCGCCACACCCGCCACUGUGUUCCCAGGAUAUGCUGUCCCCAGUGCCACCGCCCCUGUGUCUGCAGCCCAACUCAAGCAAGCAGUGACACUCGGACAAGACUUGGCAGCAUAUACAGCUUAUGAGGUCUACCCUACAUUUGCAGUGACUACCCGAGGAGAUGCAUACGGAGCCUUCUGAAGAUCCCUUUCUCCUAAGAAUAAGACUUACAGAAUGCUCAGUAGAAGCUGUGAACCUCUAACUAGAUCCCUCAUGAUCAUAAGUCAUACCUUCCCCCAAAACAAUGUCUUUCCUGAGACUGUGUGACUUAUUCAUCAUAUUACUCAUGAAAUGUGAAUAUUAUUCUCUAAUGGAAGUAAAUGUCAAGAAGCCUUUUGCUUAAAAGAAAUGCAAAGAGCCAGUGACAGCAAAAGUUGUUCUUCCAAGGAUCCUAUGUGUCUCAGGAAGGUGAUAAAACCCUACCAAAUUGGCAUAAGCUCUCUUAGUACCAGGAGCUGGGGCCAGGCAGAGCAAAGCAGUCAAGUCAGUAGUAAGGCAGACAGGAAAACUCCUGUCUUAGUCAUGGUUUACCACUACUUCGUCACUCACAAAAUCAAAAGAGACCAUAAAAAAGCAGGAGGCUUUGUAAGAGGUAUUCAGCAUUGCCUACAGUGUAGGGUAAUCCCAAGCCUCAUGAAAACUGUCUAAAAUGUUAUAGAUUCCAUUGUCACUUUUGAUCUGAAAUUUUUCUCCCCUCAUUGUGUCUUAGAUCAGCAUCUAAGCCUCUGGGAACUUUUUAGAAAUCAAUAUAAUGUGUUUCAGAUAUGCUUGAGACAAAUCUAAGCCCUGUAUUUAUUCAACACAUUAAGCCACUGUUUUUCUAUCCCACCAAAAUCACAGAAAUCGUGCCAGCACUAAGUACUGGAGUGAAAAAUGACUUUUUCUUGUCUGGAAAUCCGACUUGUUCAUACUAUUUGCUUUCAUCUCAGACUCAUUUUGCUAAACACAAACACUGGUAAAGUAAACCAGAUCUACAAAGUAUGCUAUAUUUUCAUCAUCAGAUAUUGGCCAAAAAGUCCUUUCAAAUACAAAGGUGAGCUUGUUUUGCUUUUCUCACUCUGUAGCUUAGGCUGGCCUUCAACCUGUGUUCCUCCUUUCUCAAGCACCAUUGUGUUGGGAUUGCUGAUAUACAACACCACACCCAGCUCCAAACAGUCAUAUGAACUUUAGGUAAGCUUUGAAUUCUCUACACAGUUCAUAUGAAGUCCACUAAGAAUCAUUGCCCUCCCCUUCUUUUGAUCUUCUUUCAAUAUGUGUAGGGAACUUUACCAUGGCUGAGUCCUUUUAUUGUGAAACUAUUCCAGGAAAGCCUUACACCUAUCAUGGUUGCAUAGAGACCAUCUCUUCAGAGUCCAGUAAAAGUGUUACUUGUCAAAAUGUUCCUGAGUAUUCAGAGCAUCUGAUAGUGAUGGGGGGUGGGUGCUAUAGCCACAAAUGGAGGUUAUAAGGAUGUGACACUUGAUACAGAUUAUGGAUGUUCAAAACAGAAAGUCAAAAUCCACUACUGAAUAUAGCCACUACUCCCAGUUUAGUAGUGAUUUAGGAGACAUAACACUAGAAUUCCUGUUAAAAAAUAAAUAAAGAGGUGGCCCACAUGAAAAUCUGUAGAACUGAAGGGCAAACAAACACAAAGGUGUAGAAAAUAUUGUCAACUCUUUAAUGGAAUUCUGGAACCUAAAUCAGGCUGGUUCCAAUGAAAGCCAGAGAAAUGUCAAUCAUAGUUGAAUGUCUCAUAACCCUCAUUUUUUAGGAAUUCCAGCUGGACAUCUAAAGUUGAGACCCUCCAGCUGGAAGGCUCUGGAUUUUCUGAUUUACAAUUUCUUCCUUGAGGCAUCAUGAUGCUGAGUGCAGGAACUCCUAAACUUAGCAACACAUCCAAAAAUACCUGGAGAACUUUCAAUAAACUAAGGUCAAGGUUAUACGCCAAUUACGUGAGUGUCAUGGAGUGGGGACCUGAUGUCAGUGCCUUGUAUAGAUUCCUGGACUUCAAUAUGCAACUUGUCGUGGAGACUAUAGACUCAUUGCAGAUCUCCCCUGCUUCUUUCAUUUAUAAUUCAACCUUCACCAAAUACAAAAUGCAUAUACAUUGUCUUUGUUAAAACCAACAGCUAUAUAGUUGUCACAACAGUUCGAGUUUGAAUGAAAUUCAUAUUGGCUUCAAACUAAUUCUUGAGCCAACCUCUAAAAAGAAAAAAGAAAAUUGAAUGUCUUAAAGUAAUUCUUAUAUCCAAAUUUACACUCACCACAGGCCUGCUUUUAUUCUCGGAGAGAGUAAUUGCAUUUGUCCUCUGGGAAGGCAAAUUUCUCCUCAGACUGAAAAAGCAUUCCAAAUUCUACCUGCAAAAGUUCUGCAUUCCUUUAACAUCUUCAAAACAAACAGCAAAGGGUAUAUACUACAUGUCUUUUCAAGGUAAAUAGAGGCGCUAAUGCAGUGGAAGAUUGAGAUUCAUUUAAAAGGAAAAGAGAAGGGCUUAAUACAGAUAAGGAGACAUUAAAAAGAUUAACAAUUCCAAACACUACAAAAAAAUGAAAGUGUCCAGAAAAUUACCAGUGGGACAAUGCACAGUUACUUUUGAGAAAAACUGCAAUUGUUCCUAACCUGUGCUUCCCUGGGGCUGAUCUGUAUACUAUGGAGUGAACCAAUGAAACAGCUUUUGGGGCAGGGAGUGAUGAAUUUUUACUUUGUUUUAGUAAUAUAUACAGAAGACUUUGAAUUCAUUAUAAUAUAUUCAUAGAAAGUUAUCAGUGUGUCACCACUGUGAUAGGCCAAGUUUUUGUGUAAUUGUUUGAAUCUACAGAGAAAACAAAUUGUCAUCUUGAGUGGAGGUGUUGCUAUUGGAUUUCAGUUUAUUUGUUUUCUUUUCUUCCUUUUUAUUUUUAACAUUUUUAGGACAGACUCUCCCGAUACAGCUCAGGAUGAACUCAAACUCUUCAACCUCCUCUUUGCCUCUCAAGCACUGGGAUCAAAGGCUUGCUCCACCAAGCCUCCUGCCACAAAGAUAAGCUUUGAAAAGAGCAAGUGUCAAACCAAAAACUAGUUUUGCAUAAUGUUUAUACUUUAAAUUUAGAAAAUUAGCACUAACAGCAUCUGCCCUUUUGACUCCUAAUCCAUUUUCCUGUUUCUUCCCCUCAUACUUCUUAGUUCUUCAUAGGAAAACAUAAAAUCAGCAGGCCAACCAAAUAAAACCAACAAAAGACCCUGAACAAUCAUUUAGAAUCAUCUAACAAAUUAGUACUUGGUUUUUUAAAGUCCAGUUAUCAAUAGUGUGUUGAUAAAAAUCCCUGCUUGAUGUUACUUGGAAUAGAGAAAAUGGAACCAGGUGAAAUUGGGUCUCACUUUUGUCAUCUGUCAGCUGUCCAUUUUCAAAUGGCUGUUCUUCCAUCCCACACCCUAAGUAAAUCAAGAGGAGCACCUGCUACUUCAGCAAACAAAAUUGUCCUAAAUGACUUAAGGUGUGUCCAGAAGCCAACUCAAGAUCAUGCCAAACAGCACUGCUCAAAAUGUUGCUGGCAAACUACCUCAAAUAACCAAGUAAUAAAAAAUAUCUAACAAGGAGAGCCAUAAGUUACUACCUAAAAUUAGUUUCUAUUUCAAGGGUUUUUAAAAAUUCUUUCAGUCACAUAGAACAGCAAAAAUGCUUUAUCUAUAAUUUUCAAUUUAAUUUUCAGUACAUUUUACAUGACUCUUAGAAUUCUGUCUUGGUCAACUGAGCCAUGACUAAAAUCUAUGUUGUCAGGGAGAUACACCAGGUUAUCAUUAAUGUGGAGAAUUGGCACAUUUUGUAUUGUUUGAGUAGAUUUUAUAUAUUAUUUAUAUGUAUAUGAGAUAAAAUUUGAAUUUAAAAUCAGAGUGGUAGACAGGUUUAAUGGAAAAGGAGGUAUCAAGAAACAGCCCAUAGGAGAGGAAGUCACAAGAACAUUUGGGGGACUGAUGAGUAUUUCUCCGGAUCAGGGAUUAGCAACGUCUCUCUAAGAGUAAGAGUAAAAUCCUAUUGGACAGGACAGUGCCCCCCUGUGACUGUGAACCCCACGGAGACAGUGUCCCCUCUUAAUUUCAAAUAUCUCCCCACAGAAGCACCCUCCCCCACUUAUGCUUUGUGGGUUGCUAUGUUGGUUGGGUUUGGCAGUCUUCAGACUAGGACAUCCUGCUCUUCUAGUGCGGGGGGCGGGGUGGGGAAUACACCUUGAAUUCGCUGGCUCGGCUGCUGAUUGGUGCAGGACCACAGCCAGCUGAAGGAAGGCAUCACCUCUCUGCCAAGUCGUUUGAGAGCUGCCCUCCCUCUAGGGGUCCCUCUCACCAACUUGAUUCUGAGCUCCAUUUUUCUCUGGCUCUCCCUGGGCCGUGGACCUGAGUCCCCCUUCAUUUGGCAGAACCGGUACAAUCUAAGCCAGACUGGGGUGGGGGGGUAGGCAAGAUAAAAGAUGGCCGUUGGGAAUGUUUGCUUACCCCGCCAAGAUUGGCACAGCACAGAAGAAUCUGGGAGCUUGUGCUGGUUCUCUUUUCUUCAGUUAAGCUAGUUAUAGCUCAGACUAGAAAGAGUUUCUCGUGUAAAUGUUUCCAUGUUGCCUUUUCUCUUCUGCCUCACGAAUGUUCCCAAACCCAACUUCCUUUGUAGUGAACUUCACUCUUCCUGUUGCUCUUCAACUUCCUCACCCAAACUUCUCGCCUUCUCCCGUACAAAGCCUUCAUCAUUUUUUAGUAGCAUCAACUGGUUAUGUUCCUUGUCAUGAAAUUCCCGCCCCUCCAGUUAUUGCCUUUACUAAUGUUGAGAAUUGUACAAGCCGUAGUGACUGACAUGCCUGUUCAUUCAUGACAGAAUGUGCCUUCCUCUACUGUGAUCUUUGUUUACUACGCACCCAUUCUUUGCCCCAAAACAAUGAGUGCAAACACGAGUGUUUCUGCUCCUCUCUGCAGUGGGAGCACAAUCCAGGGGCACAUUGUACACUGUCAAAGCUUAACAUGACUGGAUCAGACGGUUGCUUUUGCCACUUGCUCAGACUCCCCCCCCCAAAAAGCAACUCUACCCUUAACUGUUACAUCUCCAGCACUCCCACCCAACAUGAGCAGUGAUUGGCUUUUGUUUUUUUAAUCAAAUGGGUUUUCAAGUAUUUCUUCCCAGAAAAAAAUACCAAAACCUGUACAAAAGUAGAAAGCAAAGGUUUAGUUAACUACAGCCGUAAGGAAUGUAUACAAUGAUGUAGGGGCUCAUCAGUCAGCACUGGGCUUAUUUACUUGAAAACAUUUUGGUUAUUAAGUAUUUCUGUUUUCUAUGUAUGCUUAUGUUUAUAAAAUUCAGAACACUGUUUAACAUGACAUUUCUUCAUGUUUUGGUAGUAAAUGAUUUGCAGCACAGUAUUCAUACCUUUUGCAAAUACACGAUUUUAUUUUGAAACUUGUUGUUUCCUAUUAUAAUUCCUAGGAGAUAUUUGAAAGCUCAGAUUACAAAUAUGUCUAUUUAAAUCAAUCAUCAUUAUCUUGGUUUAGAUAUUUAAUCACUUCCAUGUAGAAACCUCUAUUUUAAACGAAUUUUUGGGGCUGCAAUAUAGUCAGAUAUUAUUAUUAUCUCUUAUCUUGUAAUGAAAAGGAAGCUUUAAGCAAACUGUACUUCCAUUUUCCAGGUGUUAACAAUCUCUUGCGUCUUUUCAUUUUAUUGCUAUUUAUAUGGCUUUAUCUAGAGUUCCAACAGAAAGACAAAUAAAAAACAGUAUUAAAGAGUGUGCAUAAAGCACUUAUUUUUGUACUUUGAGUACAAUGUUUUAUAGAGCUAAAGGAUCUAACCAAUAUAGUAAAAAUUAUGUCAUUCUUUUACUGGGAAAAUGAUCAUUGCUUUGGAAAAUACAAAUAAAUAUACUGGUCAUUUUAGGAUAAGAAAUCAAAUGAAAUGAGAAAUGAUGCGAUUUUGUGGGAUUUUGAGAUGGUGAUAUGUUUUAAUUGAGUUUUUCAGUUCCAUAAUAAAGUUUUAGAAAUUA